GUUUGGCGCCUCUCUCUUCCUCCUCACAAAUAAAUUCAAACGAUGGCACACUGGAAUCGUCCUUCCUCCUUGAUGUCAGGGCCCACGGCCCAACUGCAGCCUGGUUUCGCUACAGCAGCUUCCAUGAAUAACAAAAAGAUGAAGACGACAGCCUUGUCCCGCCACAUCGUCAAUGCCGAACCUUGGUCUCCAAGCAGUCGGGCCAUGCGCCGUGGCGCCGGGAUUCGCCCCUUUGGGGGCUAUGGUGCAGCCCACCGUCGACAACAAGGCGAUCGCCUCGAUGAUGUCGCCAUUGAAGUGGUGUUUUCAGUCGAGGAUCUUCCCGGUUGUUUUGUGCCUGGCGAUUGUCUCUUUCACGAGGAUACUGCUAUCUUGCGAGAAGAUUGGCACGAUCAACUCUCUCUUUUUCUGGCCCGCAGGAUGGCCCACGUAAUGAUGUUUACAGAGGAAAACGAACAAACCAUCAAGCACAUAUUCUCCAUCGUUCGAAGCUUGCCAUUGACUGCCAAAUCAGACAACGCCAUGGUGGUUGUGAAAGAGAAGCUGUCGUUGGAACAAAUCAUUCGCAAGUUUCAACAAAAACAGCUGGAUGGGUCGCGCAGCAAUGGCAGUGCUUUAUUCAACUGGUCCCGUCCGAACGAUGAAUCAUUGCUUCUGACCCUGGAUUGUUCUCAUCGUCUCUUUUUCCACCCCGACAAUACUUUUGAUGACAUUACCCAUAUCGCCACGACGCCCUUCCUUUGCGAUUUGGAGGCUGCUCGCGACUGUGACUUGGCGUACCUGGUAGAAACGAUUGGAAGCCGAGAUUACGAUGUCUCUCUCUUCACAUUUGCCUGUCAAGUCAUUGCAAAGGCCAACAAGAGCAACCUCGAGCGAUUCGCAAGGCACCACAAAGCCAACGACUUGGUGUCGGUCGUGACGGAGAAUAUGAAGAAGCAUAACCGCGACGACAAUGUUCUUCGAGCAGCGUCAUUGGCGCUUUGUCACAUGACAAUCGAACCGGACUUUGUGGUCAGUCUAUUCGAGAGCAAUGUAUUUAUGUAUCUCGAGUUUGCUGUGAAGAAAAGCCCAUCUCUUGGAACCACUGAAGCUUUCCAGAUUGCGGUUCUCCGUUUCUUUCGCAAUUCUGCACGAGCCCAGGUGGAAGACAAAGAGAUCCAGUUAGCAAUUUGUGGGGGCCUGCAGCAUGACCUUGUAUUGGACACUAUUCUUCCUGGCAUGGAGAAUCUGGAAACAGCGGAGGAGGCGUUGAAUGCACUGGUGGCACUGCUUGGCAUGAUGCGGGAUCACGACGGGAAAAAGGACUGCUGGGCGCUCGAAUCUUACUUGGAGGCUGUGAAUGGUGUCCUCCAAGUAAUGAACGAGGCUGGACCGAAGCAUCUGUUCAUUCAAACCCUUGGUUUCAACGCAAUGCAUCUCCUCUUGUCCACGACCGGAGCUGAGACCUCGGAGCGUAUCGCAGUACAAAUGGCCGACAAUUACAGCAUCUUGACCGCGGCAAUGAAGGCGUGUCAGACAGAUGAACUCUUGCACUGUCAUGCAGGAAUAAUGCUCGAGAUGCUUGCUCAGAAAUGCCCCGGUGUCCUCCCUAAAUUCCGCUUGUCUCUGUUUGCCUCCAUGAAACAUCACCCUAACGCUCAUGCUGUCCAAAAGGCAGGUUGCGCCAUCCUGGGAGUUGCGAGUGCUCUCCAGAACGAUUGGGAGGAGGCCAAGUUCGCAGUCACUCUGGUUGUUAGCAGCAUGAAGACUUUCCCUGGUUGCCGUGACAUUCAAGGAUACGGGAGUUGUGCUCUCGAGCGUUUGGCCACCUGGGACUGCUGCGAGAACGGCGCAUUGACUGUGGAUGUCGUCGGGGUGGUCAUGGCUGCACACGAAAUGUAUGGUGGUGAUGACAGUUUCCGUUUUUUGGACACUGUGUUGAACUCGAUAGCUGAGGAAGCCCGCGGCGAUGCAACAGCGAACAAGGGUUUCGUUCGACUCAUCUUGUUGGCCUGGAAUUCGCACCACUCGAAGGUUAUCAAGUCAAAGGAGGCGUUCCUCGAUUUGAAGCCCCUCGACGACAACGGGACGGGUGUGGCUGCGGCCACCAUCGUUGUCGCCAUCAUGAACAAGUUUCAUGACAACGAAGCCAUCCAAGAGGUCGGUUGCGCGCUCUUGGAUCGAUUCACUUCCUCGCCUCUUCGAGAAAUGCAUGACGAAACUUGGCGUGGUGUUGCCGAGAAGGCACUGACUUUUGCCGCUUCUGCGUUCCCUGACAACGCAACUUUGUCAGCCCACGCCGGGUUGGCCCUUAACCGCAUCCAAAUGACCAUCUAGCUCCGCGGUUCCUACAGUGGCUGGGGUACGGUAGGUAGCAUCUGUCAACUACAAAGACGGAGAAGAAAAUAUGAAAACAAAAACGAAAUAUCUACAGUAAUCUAUGUGUCACUAUGAAU